AUGGCGACGUGGGACUUUAUCCAGAAGCAGAUCCUCCUCGGCGACGCCGCGUGCGGCAAGUCGUCCCUCCUCGUGCGCCUCACCGACAACCGCUUCCUGCAGCACUCGGAACCGACCAUCGGCGUCGAGUUCGGGAGCCGCAUCGUCGAGAUCAACGAGGGCGACGACGCCGGCAAGCGCAUCAAGCUGCAGAUCUGGGACACGGCCGGCCAGGAAUCCUUCCGCGCCAUCACGCGCUCGUACUACCGCGGCGCCGGCGGUGCGCUCCUCGUCUUUUCGCUCACGAGCUACUCGUCGUUCGCCAACUGCGCCGGGUGGCUCGCCGACCUGCGCGCGUGGGGCGAGGACGACCUGCUCGUGUUGCUCGUCGGCAACAAGGGCGACGUGUUGGGCGAGGGCGAGGGGGCAGAGGGCGGCGAGCGGAGAGAGGUCGAGAGGGAGGAGGCGGAGGAGUGGGCGAGGGAGGAGGGGCUCGCGGGGUACGUCGAGACGAGCGCAAAGAGCGGGCAGGGCGUCGAGGAGGCCUUCAACACCCUCACGCGCCUCGUCCACGCACGCGCACAAGCCUCGCUCGCGUCGCGCAAGAAGGCCGGCCGCGGCUCGUCGUCGUUGUCGUCGGCCGGCUCGAGCUUGCCCGGGAUCAGCCUCGCAAAGGAGGCGGGGAGCGCCGUUGGCGGGAGGUGCUGCUGA